AUGAGCCCGACAGGCUAUGACAGGGCUGGAGGUGUCACCUGUCUUUCGAUUUCAACGUUCCCGUCUGUUGACACUGAGAACGGUCUGAUACAGUCCUGUGAUCUGACAAUCACGUCCAUUGUUCCAGAGGCCUUCCUGGACUUCCACAACAAUCAGGCAAUGGUCGGUCGCAGCCACAGGAGCGGCGCAUCAAAUGUGAGAGGCUUCUGGCAGGCCAGCGUAGAAGAUGAGGAAAGAGCUAGGAGGGAGACGAUCCGACACGCGUCAUCAAAACCGUACAGUUUUCCGCGGUGGCGGUCUUCAGAUGCGUUGUCGGCUUCGCUCGUGGCGUCGAACAGCGUGGAUGUGCCGAAGGACAGCCGCAUUCCCGAGCAGAGACUUCAAAAGAUGAAGGAAACGGAUAGAUUGGCAGAGAUUCAUAAAGCUCAUAUCCAUGAACAGGUGGGACCACCUCAGAGCCUACGUAAGGGCAAAAGCCUCGACUCAUUGGUUCUUCAAGUCGAUCAUCAGCCAUGGUACGAUCGCAAUAAAAUCCGGGACUCGGUAUGUAGGGAGUCGAUCGGUAACAUAGCGGAAGCCAGGGAACGCUUCGAAUCACAUGAGUUCUCUCGAUUGAACAAA